AAUUACUAAUUCAUUACAACGCGAAGGGGAGUGACGCAGUUAUCGAAAAUCCCGAAGCUCCUCCACGCUUGCCGCGUGUGACCUGAAAUAAACUCUGUCUUUCCCCCCGGUGGUGGGCGACCGUCUCCUCGUCACAACGCAGCGGAAGAUCGCGGACAUCGCUGCCGUGUGGGAGGCUGUAUGUGCCAGUCUCCGCGCUCGCUCCUUGGAUUCGGGUGCCAUUCCGGUUGGAGGUUGCAGUCGAGCCCGGAGGACUCGAUGCCAUAACCAGAGCGAGACAUGCCGCAGCCCAAGUCACGAAAAAUCGCCAUCCUCGGCUACAGAUCCGUAGGAAAGUCGUCUUUGACGAUUCAGUUUGUCGAGGGCCAGUUUGUCGACUCCUAUGACCCGACAAUAGAGAACACAUUUACUAAAAUGAUCACGAUAAAUGGACAGGAGUACCAUCUACAGCUGGUGGACACAGCAGGACAGGAUGAGUACUCCAUCUUCCCUCAGACGUACUCCAUAGACAUCAACGGCUACAUCCUGGUCUAUUCAGUCACAUCUAAUAAAAGCUUCGAAGUGGUGCAAGUCAUCCAUGAGAAACUGCUGGACAUGGUGGGGAAAGUUCAGGUACCCAUUAUGCUCGUCGGAAACAAGAACGACCUGCAUAUGGAGCGAGUAAUCAGCUGUGAGGAAGGAAAAGCGUUAGCUGACUCCUGGAAUGCAGCCUUCAUGGAAUCCUCGGCCAAAGAGAACCAGACCGCCGUGGAGGUUUUCCGGAGGAUGAUCCUGGAGGCGGAGAAGAUGGACGGCGGCGUGCAGCCCGGAAAGACGUCUUGCUCCGUGAUGUAGAGGCGCCCGAUCGACACACAGGACACUGCACUGGGAUAUCCCGUUUACUUGAAGGCUAGCCGCCAGUUCUCCACCUCAGCUGACUCCACCCCCCACCCACUCACCCCUCCCAGGGUCCUAAAUACCCAAUAGUGUCUAUUUAUGGCUCUGAACAUCCCCAUUAUUUAUCUGUAUACCUAAUUCCUCUUUGUCAUCCAUGUUUUCCUUUUUGUGUGUUUGAUAUCAACGCAGGACGAGUGGCGAUCAUGAAUUUAAUCCCUGUACACAACACAACCUACCCUGUCAUUUGUACUCAACUCUGAUGCAAAACAGCAGCACAUCAGAACAAACGUUCCUCCUGUCUAGCGAUAAUAACCACAACUAGAAGUAAUCACGCGGCGUCGCUUCGGUGGCCACGCGAGGAAGGGAGCGUUUCUUCUGAUACAUUUUAUUUUUGUCUACUCCGGCUCCAAUGCAGUUGUCACUUGUCUUUGUUUUCAUAGCAGUAAAUGUCAGCCAAAUUUCAAAAAAAUCUUCAUCCAUUUUCUAAAAGUUGAAAAUGUUGUACAAAUGUUUUUGAUUGUAAUCAUUAAAGCAAAAAGUGGUUAUGUAAAGCACGCACCGGCGUGGAGUCUUCCGUCAGUGGCACCAGAAAUAAUGUUUGUGCAUUUGUUGUUUGACAAAGCUGUACGAUUUCCCAUGGGCCAACAAACGCAUCGUAGUAGGAGUAGGCUGACUCCAUGUCUGGAAUGAAAAGCUUUUUCCAGGAUAAACGCACACUGUAGUGUGCUUACAAAUUUCUCAGUGUGUACUGUCUUGGCAAAUUCAUUUACACACACCACAUUUCAAAUGUUGACAUUUUCAUAGUUUGCUUUAAAAAUUUUCAGUUAAAUGUAUAGCAAACCUAGGGAGCGCUAUAACUACAGGCCGCCUGAAUGCCUGUUAACUCCUUCAGACCCGUGUUUUUCCUGCUGGGUAAAAAUCAACUACUGAUUUUUACUCCACUUGUCCACUUCCUGUAUUUCAAAUGCACUCUUUGCUGGCUAAAUACGUAAGAAAAUGAUAAGGUAAUGUAAUAGUGUGGUAAAAUAGUAGUCAAAAUUCUUGCCACCGUACUUACUUCAUAUGACAAUCAUAAAUAAUAUGUAUGAAAUGGACAUAACAGAACAUAGCUGGAUACUGGGUGAGUACUGACGAUGAACUCACAGGAAUGAAGAGUUAGUAAUAAGUGUAGUGAUUAGACAAAGCAUUGACAGACAAGACAGAACACAAUAUAGGGGAUGGAACUUGAAUAUGAGAAGAAGUCUCUUAUUUUCGAUGAGCAGCCAUGACGCAGUUCAGGUGUGGCACAAAGCACAGGUGGAUGUUGCACUUGUCACAAAAGACGUGUGUUUCCCCUUACAGUCACACAUCUCGCAUCUUCUAGGCCCUAUCUUUGUUUCAAAAUUUGGCAUGUGGUCAACCAGGUCAUGCUGCACAUCACAUGGAGGCUAGACAUAAUAAACUUGUCAGUGAGCUGGUCUGUGGUGCACAUGUGGUUCUAGAGACAUGCUGGGUUUUCCACGUUUUUUGUCAUUGUUUGAUUACCUCUCACCAGCCCGAGCAAAACAAAACGUUAAAUUAAAGUUCUGGUAUAGUUCUGUUAAGUAACAACGUUCUUGGAACAUUCAGUGAAUGUUCUGACUAAAGUUUGCAAAAACUCAAUAUAUAACAUUCCUAUCUAACCCACUUAUAUGAUAUUAUGUUUCUUAUGUUCUUAUUCUCAUUUGUUUUCUUUCUUUUCUUGGGAGAAUGAACAGAAUAAGAUUUUCAUUGCAUGGUGUAACUGCUGUUGUACUAUGCACAUGACAAUAAAACUCUCUUGAAUCUUGAA